AUGCCGUGCAUCAUUAUUCGUAACAGAGGUGGACGCUCACAGGAGUUUCAAGUUCAUGGCUUCAAUAACAACCAGAAUGUUACGGUAAAUGCCGGUACCGAGGUUAGCAUUGAUGCUCCCGACGGCCAGUCUGGGGCCGUCAUCGCUGUAUACGAUGGGCAAGUUGCCGAGCAGGCUGAAAUUACCAAGUGUGGUUGGAAUGGUAACGACGUCGUUGAUAUUAGCAAUAUCUGCGGUGGCGGCGGUAACAUGACCGUCCAGCAGGUUGGUGACGAUCCUAGGCAGUAUAAGGGUCAUGAGACCUUUAUGCAGGCUUGCAACAACGCCUGGCAUGGAGCGGAUCAGGACACCCGGAACCAGAUCCAGAGUCAUGUUUUUCUGGAUGACAACGGUAAUGUAAAGCGAAUCGGCGCGCCGAAGGAAAACCAGGCUCUUGAGAGAUUUGUCCGAACUUUUGCGCAGGGUAGAACAUAUAUCGGCGUAGGUGCUUGGGGCGACAGCGCAGGCGACGCUGGUGACAAUGCCCAGAGCUCCGCCGGUGUUGGUAGCAAGGAUAUUCUGAUUACGUAUAGCGAUGGCGAUGCUUCUCCUGAAGGGGGGAACUUCGGGGCCCAGUCAGUCGAGGAGCCUUCCUCCGGUGGCUUUUCCAUUGCCUCUGCUCCUGAGGAACAGUCUUACGCUCCAGGUAUUGUUCUCACCAAUAGGGGGAGCAAUGAGCACACCUACUACUUCUACGACAACUAUUGGAACGGAAACGGCACUGCCGGUGCGAACUUUGACAACCCACUCAAGAACGUAACCCUUGCACCAGGCGCCUCCACUCAUGUUCCCCUUGAUCUUCAGUUCAAGGGCCGUGUCCAGAAGGGCACGGAACUGCCAGCCACAUGGGUCGAAUUUCAAAUCAGAGCCGACGACGACCAAGCUGCACAUGGUGACAUUAGUCUCCAACAAGGUUGCGACUGCGCUGCCGAGAUUGCUUCCACUGAUGGAUCGAAUGUUUCUAACGGAUUUUCGAAUGAAAUACUCCAAGGCGCCCCGGAGGCUGCCAUUCGACGCAAGCCUAAUGGCGAAGUUGCUCUAGAUACUACCGUCGGCAACUGGAAUGGCGGGCCCAACCAGGCUACUAUCGAUUAUCUUACCAAUACUCUGGGCCAGGGCAAGGUUUACAUCCUUGGGGGCACGGGUGUCCCUGACGUGGCGUCGAAGAACAACUGUUUGGCGGUGACUUUCUAUUAG